UAUAAUAAUAUUUAAGGAUAAUCUACUGGAAGGUAUCUGUUGUUAUUGAACAGGUUGCUAGGUAAGACUAAUUCUGUGUGUACAUGUACAGUGUAUUGGAAAAGUGAAUAGAGAAAAAUAUCUUUUGGAAUAAUUAUUGUACCUUGACCUCGAUCACAAUGCAAUGUAAACAUAACCUUUUGAUUUCAUGCUGAGUUCAGACUUUGGAAUCAUUAUGAAUGGAUCAAUAGAAAUGUUCAACAGGUAUAUGUAAUACAUAGCAAUUGGCGAAUUGUCGUCAUGUUCUAAAUUGUAAAUAAAGCAAAUAAUGGGAUGGUAGCUCCAUAUAUAGAAGAUAGAGCAUUUGUUGAAGUCUUUAUGAAGGCUGAUGCAAGAGACUAAGGAUUGGUAAGGCUUGGGAACAAAUUCCACGUUGCUUUCAUGCAGCCAAGCAAGCAAGCAAACCGAUUCACACUCAGACGAAGGGCCGGCGCAUUCACAGGGAGUGAGCGUUACAAGUCAAUGCCUCAGCAUACAACUCUACUGAAAGAUAAACUGUGUGUGUAUGUCUUUAAGAGCGAGAGGAGAGCUAGGGAGGCAUGGGAACACUGCACGCUAGACGAUCAACAUGUCUUCCACCCCUCACCAUCCAGACAUAUGGAAUUGAAAUACCACAGGUGACGGCGGCAGCAUAGAGGGCAAAUUGUCAAAUUGAGUAUGAAAGAGGAUUUUUCUAUUUUUUGUAACGCCAGGAAACUUGAGGGACACAUUGGGGCUCCUGCAGGGUGAGAGCAUUACCUCUGCUGAUUGGAUUAUAUGGAUGUGGCACCGUGGUAACGGGGUGAUGCGGUUCAACUCUUGCCAGCUAGCAUCUCCUUUCAUCGCAUAGAAAGAGGAUCAUAGUCGUCGGCACACCAUGUGGAUGAUGAGGAUGCUGAUGAGACCAGCUCAGUUGGAUAUCGUGGGCGUAGCAGAAUAGUUUGGAUUCUACAAGCUCCAUACUGAUGGAGAGCGGAAGGAAAGAUGUUGAUGGAAGCUAACUGAUCUCACUCAACUGGUGACAGCUGUGUUGAGCGAGCUCGUUCUCGAUCCAAAAAGGAGAUUUGGAAGAUGUAGCGACAGCGCUGUUAAAGCAAUUCACAUUCCUCUUGGCGCAACUGUUUACUAUCGAACUAAUUAAGCCUUACAUUCACCAACAAAGAUAGUGUUUAACACUGGUGCACCUCUCCUCAAUUCAACUUCAUCUGGUGAUGCAUGUUAGUGUCUUUUAGACGAGAUCUCCCGAUGCUUUCAUAAUGUAGCUAAGGACAUAUACUGUGGAAUUACCACCAGCCGGGAACUGACCGCCACUUUUUGACCGCAGAUCAGAGGUCAUCGACCUUUUGUAUGUACACGGUAUGAGCACCAAGCAUUGGUUCCUAAAUCAGACAAAUGUUUCUUCAAAUGGAAUAAGCAGUGUAUAAUGUCACUACAAGGACACUGUACCCAAACUGUUGAGGUGGAACAAGUACAGUUAUACUGCAUUUCCUCAUGCUGGGAUAAAUGUACAUAUACCUCGCCAAGUUAACGGCUGCAGAUCAAAAAGAAAUGCUCCCAUCAUUGAUUAGGACUGAGCUGGGCAGAUGUGCAUGUUUAUACCAUGAGCAAUGCCACACUGUAUGAUAUCCGGAGCCGAGAACUACAGCUAGCUGAUAACAUGGAAGGCGGGAGCGAGCGUCACAUCAGCACGGCUCUCAUCGACAUCACCCCACCCACAUCCCCUAAACAUACGAUUGAAGAAGAUGCCCCGCCUUUAUCUACUACCACUGCAGACAUCUCUGAGAAACCAUUUGACAGCAUGGAAGCAGUCAGGAAUGAGGUCAGGGAGUUCUUUAGCAAGUGCAGAGAAACACUUGACAUCAGAGAGCAGGCCCUUCUACAGCAGGUCUCUGAAGAGAGAAAGGUCAUAAAGCCCCCUCUGUUGACCAAGAAGAGAAAGGCAGCAAAGAACCACACACAUCAGCUCAAGGUGAAUCCGUUGGGGUCGAUCCAAGAAGGGAGCGGAAGCGACGACAGAGACAGCAAACCCUACAACAACAAGGAAGAGGAGAAACAAAAUGGCUGCAACGACUGCAACGAAUCGGGGGUGCAGAUGAAUGCCAAAGACACUCUGAAGAUAAAACGGGGACGGAAGCUGAAGACUGCCAGGCAUGUUGACAUGAAGGAUGAGAAUGGAUAUCAUCCUACCAUAACCAAAAAUCUGACUCAGUUUCAUUUGAGUAAAGCAGACAAGAAGGAGAUGAAACAAUUUGAGAAUGCUGUCCAGAAUUUGGGACUGAUCUACUUAGGCAACGCAGAUCCUUCAAAGACAAUCGCAGUAGCAAGGCCUGCACUCGUGUGUGCAAAGUGCACUGCUAAAGUGAAAGCUAUUGACAAAAGGGGGAAAGAAUGCAAACAGGGAGGAGACAGCUUCGCGGCUAACAUGCAAACACCCGACGGAGGAUCUAUCCCUUGUGAGAUCUUGGAUAAUGACAAUGGGACCUACACCAUCACCUUCAGACCAAAGGUCGCAGGGACACACCAGCUCAACAUCUCCGUCUCCGGUCAGCCAAUCAAAAGCAGCCCUCUCCAGGUCAAAGUUCAACCGGUCAGGUUACAAGCCAAGAGCUCCUUUGUUGGCGGCCCAUGUAUGUUUGGGCUGGACAUUCCCAACAGGUAUCGGGUUCCUUUUGGAGACAAACGCGAUGAGAGUGAGAUGGAGAGGGCACGUCUCACUCCUGAUAUGAUGAACAUUGUAGUAAGGGACCAAGAUGGAAAACUUGUGGAUUCUUCAGUGGUAGGCUGUGUGUGUAAUGACAGAGAAGUCUCAACCUACAAUGUUCGCUUCUUGCCAGUGUCUCCAGGGGAUUACGACAUCAAUGUGACUCUAAAGACAACGGGCGAUGUUAUCGCUCAGCAAGUCAUACCGGUUCAUACGAGGGAACAGAUAGGCCGCAGCGGAAGUGGUAUAGGAGAACUGCUCAACCCGACAGACCUCACCGUAACCCCGCAUGGAGACAUCUUCGUCGCAGACACCGUUGAGAAUUCUCGCAUCCAGCGUUUCUCCUCAGAUGGCAGGCACUUAGGUCAGUUUCCUGUGGACUUCCAAGAGCCUGCCUUGAUAGGUUCAGACUCUUCUCACAUUGCAGCAGUGUUCCUCGGCUCCAAGCAAGUAGUCGUCUACACCUACGAUGGCUUCCCCGUCCAUCAGUUUGGACACGACCAGCUGACCCAUCCUCACGGUAUCGCUCUGAACUCCCAAGGAAACAUCUACAUCAUCGACCUCGCCCUUCAAUGCCUUCUCAUCUUCACCAAGGUCGGAAAGCUCAUCACCCGUCUUGGACAGGAAGGAUCCAAACCGGGGGAAUUCAACCACCCCCAUUUCCUCGCCAUCGGCUCCGACGAUCACAUCUUCGUGAGUGAAGCCCGCAACUUCCGCAUCCAGGAACUCAGCAGCAUCGGCUCUUACGUCAAAGAGCUCCGUUCAAAGGACAAAAUGGCGGAACCGGGGUCCAUCGCCAUAACGACGGGAGGGCAUCUCCUGGUGCAUGAUGAGAAGAGCCAGAAGAUACAGAUUGUUAAUCUUGACGAGAAUCGGUUCGCAGGAAAUCUGCCUCUGGAGCUUAUCCAGCCAAACACUGGACGUAUCGAUGUCACACAAGAUGGUUAUAUCAUUAUUCUGGACAUGUUUAAUCACUGCCUCUGGCGAUAUCGUAUACCUUACGAAUCUUAGACAGAAGUUAUUGUUUGUUUGGUUUGAAAAAUAUAUCAAUAUUAUACAAGAACUUGUGUGUAAUAUACACAGAUUUACAAAGAUAUAUUCACUUUUUUGUGCCUAACCAAAUUUACUGCAGUAUUGUAAGAAUCGGGAAAUAAUGAAUGUAUCGAGUACUGUGUAAAAACAUGUGCAGAUGUACAUGUGUGUGAUGUGUUAGUACAACAGUUUAUGGACAGUGCAAAUGAACAUACAAUGCUUUAUCUUUAAGUUCAAAUGUGCCUCAGCUAAUCAAUUGAGAGUAAAAAUCCAGUAUUACUGGCAAAAAAUGAUUUGUUUUUCCAUAAAAGUUUUAUUCGGUUAAGGCCAUCUUCUCAAAAUUGCUUUGGGCUUUUUAGAGUUUCAUUUAGAGGAAAUAUCAAAUACAUCAAUAUAAUCUAAGGAAUAUUGAUACCAACUUCAAAUCAAAAUAGCCGAGUAGUUGAUACUGAUGUAACAGAAAUAACCCUCCUGGGGAGUGUUUCACAAAGACUAAAAUCGACUUUAAGGUGAACUUGACUACAGCAGGCUUUCGUGCCACUAUUUCUACUAACCAUUCCUGGCAUUGGUUUCUCAACGGACGUACACAUCGUAGUCACAAAUCUACACAAUUUACCUUUUUUGAUAGUUUAUUAUUGAAGGAAAAAAUAUUAUCUAAAGAUCAUAAUUGAGAGACCAAUGAUGAGAGCAACCAGUGGCAUGAACGGCCUGCCAUAGUUAAGUCCAACUUAAAGUCGAUCUUAGUCUUUGUGAACCACCCCCCCCCCCCCCUGGACUGUAUCUGUUUGUGUUCAUGGUUUAUCUUUCUUCCCCUGACACUCAAGACUCAUUUUCAAUUUUUUUAUUUCCAAUUCUCAACAAAAAUCUACCAAAAACUUUUGCUCUUUACCAAAGUAUUCAUGUUAUUUUAAAAUAGUUUGCAAAUUUCAAUGUGCAUCUUUUUAGUCCUUCUAUUGAAAAUUUGAAAUGGGUUCAUAACUAUGUUUUGUCUAUGCUUUUAAUGUAAUUCAUUGUCAUUGAUAUGCAGUGGUACAUGUGACAUGUUGCAAAGAAGUCGUAAUUGUGCAAACAUUUAUUUGUUCCUUAUAGACACAUGAUCAAUUGCUUAAAUGUGACCUACAAAAUAAAAAAAUUAUGAUCAAUCUGGAUACAUGUACAUGCAGAAUACAACUCAGAAAUAGCCUUUUUAAUGCAUAAAUGUUCUGGUCUUAAUGUGCUUAUUAUAGUUCAGUUACCUUAAUAUUUUGCAGGUGCAUGAAAACAUUUCUCUUUUAGAAAUUGGUUGAGCUAUAUUUGAGAUUCAAACACAAUUCACACGUACUUGUAAUGUUUGGAAUUUAAAGAAAUGGAUUAAAUUAUCAGAAUGUAAAUACAAA